CCAUCAGAAUCAAAUCUUAUAGUGUGAAUUGAUGAACAUUUGAGUUUUUGUUGGACCACACAAUUCUUUUACUUAACCAUCUAAUUCUCCUUCUGCUCAUACAGAGUUUUGUCCGGUGGGACUUUUUAUGUAUGAACAUGACUUGAAUCCACUGUAGAAUUCACACACCACAAUUUAUUCUGCCUCUUGCAUUAUUAGAUAGAUAGAGAGAGAGAGAAAAGAUGAAGUUGGUGGCAUGGAUUUCAUGGUUGCUGCUACUGCUACUGCUACCUUCUUCCCAAAAUGGGGUUUUUCAUAUUCAAGGCAGCAGCCAAGCUGAGUACCUUUACAACCUCAUCAUGUCUCGAUCGACACAGCAUUCAGAAGAGUGGCCUGAGCUUGAAGACGCUGAACUCGCCAUUUCUGCAUUUUCAGCAAAUAUUGAAGCUCAAGAAGGAUCAAUGGAGGCUGACAAGAUUGAUGCCUUGCCGGGGCAACCUGCGGGAGUGAAGUUUAACCAGUAUUCCGGCUAUGUAACCGUCGACCGGAAGGCCGGAAGAUCUCUGUUUUAUUACUUCGCAGAAUCACCCCACAAUUCCUCCACCAAUCCUCUGGUCUUGUGGCUCACCGGAGGGCCAGGAUGCUCAUCUCUUGGAUCUGGAGCACUGGAUGAACUUGGACCUUUCAGAGUUAACAGCGAUGGAAAAACGUUAUUUGAAAACGAUUACUCAUGGAACAAAGUGGCAAAUAUGUUGUUCCUGGAAUCACCGGCCGGAGUGGGAUUUUCCUAUUCCAACACCAGCUCCGACUAUGACAUCACAGGUGACAAGAGUUCAGCCAAGGAUGCAUAUACCUUUCUCAUCAACUGGCUGGAGAGAUUCCCUCACUAUAAAAACAGGGAUUUUUAUAUAACGGGAGAGAGCUAUGGCGGCCAUUUUGUUCCUCAGCUAGCUUACACCAUUCUAGCUCACAACAACAAACCAAAUCGGCCAUUCAUCAACCUCAAAGGCAUUGCUACUGGGAAUCCUUUACUGGAUAUAGUUAUAACCCUAAAAUCAAUCUAUGAGUAUCUAUGGACCCAUGCUUUGAUAUCAGAUGAAACCUAUUCAGUGAUUUCCAAGGAGUGUGACUACAUUCAUAUGAACAUCUCAGCCACCUGCGGAUUGUACCAAGCCAAAGCAGUUAUGGAGAUGGGACUUGUUUCCCUGGCUGACAUUUACACUAAUUACUGCUUUAAUGAUGUCCCAAAACAACAAUGUCAUGGUUUGGGAUAUAAUCCUUGCUCGGCCGGUUAUGUCAUAUCUUACCUCAACCAAGAGGAGGUGCAGAAGGCCCUCCAUGCCAUCAAAACUUUUUGGAUAGUUUGCAGUCCGAAAGUUGGAUCGAGUCAUUGGAAAGACUCAGCAAUAACAACCUUGCCCAUAGUCAAGCAGCUCAUUGCAAAGAAGCUAAAAAUAUGGAUAUACAGUGGUGACACAGAUGCAUUACUUUCAGUAGCAUCAACCAGGUAUGCAAUAAAAGCCAUGAAACUACCUGUCGAGGUUGCUUGGCGGGCCUGGCAUUGUGAUGGCUGCAAGGAUGUGGGAGGGUAUGUGGAGGGGUACAAGGGAUUGACACUGGUUACAAUAAGAGGAGCUGGGCAUUCAGCUCCUAGCUACCAACCAGAAAGAGCAUUUACUAUGAUUUCAUCUUUCCUUCAAGGGAAACUUCCCCCUCCCUUCAGAGACUUGUAUAUUCACAAACAAGGGACCAUACCUUUAUUGAUGCAGCAAGAAGGAAGCUAAAGCUGAAACUGAUACUGAUACUGUACUUCCAUUUUUGUUUUUGUAGCUCGAAGGUGUGAUAGACACGACACGCGAACAAACUCUAUAUGCAACUGCGACCUAUGAUUUCCAUAAACAAGUAGUGUGACCUACUGAUUUCCAUAGUGGCAACUCUACGCACGUGCUAAAUUUUGGUGAAAA